AUCGAUCGGUCGUCAUGUAUAUUCAUUGAAUUCCAUCGACAUAUAUAUAUACAUAUAUAUAACCCACCACCAGGAGAGGCCACUACUUGUUCGCUCACACACACACCUCCAAAGCUAUAUCUGAUCUCUAUAUUGUUAUAGUGUUGAACAUGAUGAUGAGGAUGAUGACGAUGAUGAGAGUCUUCAACAUCGUUAAUGUUGUUGCAGCACUGAUGGUUGUGGCGGUCCUCCUGUCAAUCCAGAGGGUGGAAGCAACGAAUUAUACAGUGGGAGAAGCCGCAGGGUGGAGGAUACCUCCGAAUGGCGCCGCAUCCACCUACUCCGACUGGGCCAGCAAUAUCUCCUUCCAAAUAGGCGAUGUUUUUGUGUUCGACUUCGUGACAGGCUCACAUGAUGUAGCUGUGGUCACACAGCAAGACUACGAUGCCUGCAGCACCGCAGCUCCCGUCGAUCUCUACAGCACCGGGCCUACCGCAUACUCCCUCGAUGUCUUAGGCAACUACUAUUUCAUCUGCACAAAAGGUAGCGGAGCGUCCCACUGCCUCUCCGGUCAGAAACUAGCAAUCACUGUCCCCUCGAGUCCAAUAUCUCCCUUCCCAUCCACGUCACCUCCGACAAGAGCCUCCGCGACUCCUCCUCCUCCUCCUAAGGACAACGAGGGCAGCCCAUCACUUGCCGCUAAUUUGUCGAUGAUCAUAUUCAUAUCCAUGACCAUGAGCUUCCUCGGCUUACUGUCUUAGGAAGAAAAAACUAAUUUGGAAAUGACGCCUUGUGAACUCUGGUAUAUGGAAAUCUAAUUGGGCCCCGACUAAUUCAGUCUAGCUGAGUGAACUCACUGAGGGGUAAAAUCUCCCAGCAUGAAUUUUCUGCAUUUACAAUGACUCGAAUCCGAGAUUUUACUUAAGUGAAACAAGUGUCGAGUCGCUUGAGCCAAUCCAUGUCGGUAAAGAAGGUUAUUUUUUCAGAUAUAACAUAUAUGCCUUUCUUUC